CGUAGAUUCGAACGCUCGACCCCAGUACGGUCUCGCCAUCGCACCGUCAUCGUCGUGAGCGUAGUUUAAACUUUUCUACGGCUGGCGCAUUUUAGACUGUUGCCCGCACCUUGAAACAUCAUUUCGUCGCAGGAAGAAGAAAGGUCGAAUUUCAAAACAAAAGGCGUUUCUCCUCUUUUCUGCAAUUCUCCCAAUCUGAGAUCUGCAAAAUGACAAGAAAAUCCCUUUCAGAAAUCCCAUUCUCCGAUCUUUGAAACGAACCUCUCUCUCUCUCUCUCUCUCUCUCUCUCUCUCUCUCGCUCUAAUUCCUCGUCUCCUUUGUUUUUCCAAUUUCUCGCCAUGGCGACGAGAAAUCGAACUCCUCUAUUCAGAAAAUACAGAGACGCUUUACGGAACGUCCGGGCUCCGGUGUUCUCUUCUUCAUCUCAUCCAUCGUCUUCCGGCGGGCCCGUGAUUGAAUUAGUCAGCGCGUCGCUUCUGCAUCCAAAUCGAUCAUACGCUCCACUCAGCACCGAAGAUCCCGGCAAUUCUAGUAGGGGUGCUCUUACAGUGGGUCUACCUCCAGCUUGGGUGGAUGAUUCAGAAGAAAUAGCUGCAAAUAUGCAACGUGCACGGACAAAAAUGGCAGAGUUAGUCAAAGCUCAUGGAAAGGCUUUAAUGCCCUCUUUUGGAGAUGGCAAAGAAGAUCAACACAAGAUUGAGGUUCUAACUCAAGAGAUAACAGAUUUGCUCAAGAGAUCAGAGAAGAGAUUGCAGAAACUUUCUACUAGUGGGCCUUCUGAGGAUUCAAAUGUCAGAAAAAAUGUACAGCGAUCUCUUGCAACAGACCUUCAGAACCUUUCAAUGGAGCUUCGGAAAAAACAAUCUACUUAUUUGAAGCGCCUACGACGGCAAAAAGAGGAGGGUCAAGACGGGGUAGACUUGGAGAUGAAUUUAAAUGGAAGUAAAUCAAAACAGGAAGACGAUGAUUUUGGUGAUGUGGGUUUUAACAAGUAUCAAAUGUCCAAGCUGAAAAAGAGCGAGGCUUUCACUGCUGAAAGGGAAAGAGAGAUCACACAGGUUGUGGAAUCUGUAAAUGAGCUUGCUCAAAUCAUGAAGGAUCUCUCAGUCCUUGUCAUAGACCAGGGCACCAUCGUUGAUCGGAUUGACUACAAUAUACAGAAUGUUGCAGCUUCAGUGGAAGAAGGCUUUAAAGAGCUGCAGAAGGCAGAAAGAACGCAGAGGAAAGGGGGAAUGAUAAUGUGCGCGACAGUGCUCGUCAUCCUCUGCUUCAUUAUGUUGGUGCUUCUGGUUCUCAAGACGAUAUUCUUGUGAUCCUGUGUAAUAUCAAUCUGAAUCCGAUCUCGAAUGGAGCCUUAGUCCCAGCCUACCCUACAGCUUUACAUACUCGGGUGGCAAAUGCAUUGGAACCACGAGAAGGGGGCUCAACAUGCAAUUUGCUGGACCAGGUAACGGUCAGUUGCAAGAAUCGCAAAAGCGGAUGGCUGUUCUAUAAACACAUGGAGUUCAUAUUCACCCUUCCAUUGGCCAGUGUGUGUUGUAGCAGGGAAAGCUGAUUCGGCGAGUCAGGUUUUGAAAAUGUUUUUUUUUUUUUUUUUAAAUGCCUCUUUACAGCGGCCAGAGCUCUGAUUGUACCAAUUCUUUUACGUGAUCUUAUGCAAUAAAAUGCACCCUUUUUGCUAUCAUGGGAGAUUGCUAAUAUGCAGCAAUGCUUGUAACUGAAUAUUUCAUUUCUAUGUAUUAUGAGUUUCAGCUGCA